GGUCGAGACCGGGUAAACUCGAGUACGCCCGUCCACCCACAGGCUUAUCGUUCACCGGAUGGGUGUUUGGAUCGAGGCUUUUGUUGAACGAAAGGAAUCAGAGAUCUGAGGCAGGAAACCGCGAUGGAGACGGAGCGGUGAGGAGGAAUCGAGGCGAGAGGCAAGAAACAAUGGAACGCGUUAUCAAAGCCGCACGGUCGUCCGGAUCGCUUAAUCUCUCCAAUCGCUCACUCAAGGAGGUGCCCGAGGAGAUUUAUAGAAACUUGGAUUCGCACGGGGAGGAUGACAAGUGGUGGGAGGCUGUGGAAUUGCAAAAGCUGAUUUUGGCUCAUAACAACCUUGAGGUGCUGAACGAGGAUUUGAAAACUUUGAAUAUGCUGACUGUCUUAAAUGUCAGUCACAAUAAACUAUCUUCGCUUCCGAUAGCUAUAGGAGAGCUUCCAUUGUUGAAGGCUCUGGAUGUGUCAUUUAACUUGAUAACAAGCAUUCCUGAAGAGAUCGGCUCUGUGACUUCUUUGGUCAAGCUAGACUGUUCAAGUAACCAACUUAAAGAACUCCCCUUCAGUCUUGGAAGGUGCUUAGAUUUGUCAGAACUUAAGGCAUCAAAUAACUGCUUGACGAAAUUGCCAGAUGAACUUGCCAACUGUUCCAAGUUGAUUAAACUGGAUGUUGAGGGAAACAAGCUUACAUCUUUCACUGAGAAGAUGCUGAUGUCAUGGACUCUGCUGACAGAAAUCAAUGCUGCAAGAAAUUUUCUCACCAGCAUUCCAGAGAGCAUAGUUCUACUUGUAAAACUGAUCCGACUGGACUUUCAUCAAAAUAAAAUAUCAUCAAUUCCAUCUUCUAUCAUGGGUUGCUCUUCGCUUGCUGAGUUUUAUAUGGGAACCAAUUUACUAUCAUCUUUGCCAGCAGAGAUCGGUGCACUUUCUCGUUUAGGGACUUUAGAUCUUCAUUCGAACCAGCUGAAGGAGUAUCCUGUGGAAGCCUGCAAUUUGCGACUCUCUGUCCUAGAUCUAUCCAAUAACUCAUUGUCCGGCUUGCCAGCUGAGAUUGGUACAAUGACUUCUCUAAGAAAGCUAUUGCUGGCUGGGAAUCCCAUAAGAACUCUUCGAAGCUCAUUAGUGUCUGGACCCACACCAAUUUUGCUAAAGUAUCUUCGGAGUCGGCUUUCUGCUGAUGAAGAAUCUGGGUCCGGGACUAAAACUAUGAAGGAUGAUCAAAUUGCCAGAGCAACUCGAUUGUCUUUGUCUUCAAAGGAAUUAAAUUUGAGUGGUCUAGGAUUGACCACUGUACCACCUACAGUAUGGGAGACGGAAGAUGUGGUAAGAGUUGAUCUUUCCAAGAACUCGAUUGAAGAGCUGCCAAAUGAACUAUCAACUUGUUCAUCACUUCAGGCCUUAACUCUGUCAGGUAACAAGAUUAGAGAAUGGCCGGGGGCAGUGCUGUCCACUCUUCCUAAUCUUUCUUGUUUGAAGUUGGACAAUAACCCAUUAGUACAGAUUACACGCAAUGGCCUCGAAUCCCUUACAAAUAUCAAAAUAUUGGAUUUAAGUGGCAACAAAUCCUCAUUGCCAGAAUCUUUUUCAUUUUCCAGCUUACCACAACUGGAGGAACUUUACUUUAGACGGAUGCAACUCAAUGAAGUGCCUCAAGGCUUGCUGACCUUGCAACGAUUACAGAUUCUUGACCUUAGCCAAAAUAAUCUUGCCUCAAUGCCCAAGGAAAUUAAGGGUUUAACUUCACUUGCAGAACUUGAUCUUUCAGACAACAACAUAUCCAUCCUUCCUCCGGAGAUGGGUUUGCUGGAGCCCAGUUUACAGGUUUUAAAACUUGAUGGGAAUCCACUCAGAAGGUACUUAUGUCUUGUUAUUGAAAAAUGUUAUUUUGUGUAUCACUUACAAAAGUUUGUAUAUCUCCAACCCCAUAAAACGAUCCAUCAAAAGAGCAUUCUUACUCAAUGCUUUCAGUCAGACCACCUAUUAAAGAUCAUGCUGAAUUAGGUUGAGUCACUUAAUAACAGGAUGAAGGGGAGGGCACAAACCUAUUAAUGAUCCAGCUGCACCCAUAAAAAUAAUUGUUGAGGAAAUGGUUCUGAAAGGGGCCCAAGGCUCAGUUUUGUCUUUGACAUCUUCUACUUGAAAAUUGUCCCAUGUUUUGGAAGCUUAUUAUAAUUAUUAUUUUAUUCUGAUCAUGGUUUGCAUUACCGAUCUGUACCAGUGUAUAGAACAGCUGUCGGUAUAGUACAUACUGAGUUGUACCAAACUGUACUGAGCAUACCGACACAUAAUACACUGGGGUGUACCAAUGUAUCACCCAUAUUGAUCCUCUAUCGGACUGGUAUGUACCACCCAUACUGAGCGGUACGUUUCGGUAUGUCAAACCUCGGUCCUGGGAGAUAUUCCAUGUGAAGCUUUUGUAACAGCAAAACCAUUGGUUAUCAUAUUGUGUUUCGAUCUUUUGUAUUGCAGCAUUAGACGACCAAUUCUAGAUCGAGGAACCAAGGCUAUUCUCAAUUAUCUUAAGGAUAAACUUCCAGAUCAGUAGUUUGGCAGUGCAGACACGGGCAUAUUUCCUGCCUUCUGUUAUCAUUCACAGAUCAGAUCAGAUCGCAGCAGUCUUCCAGAUGGCAAAAAUUGGUCUGACAAGAAGCGUUCUGUAGUCAGCUUUUUCCUAAAGCAAAUGGAAGGCCUAAAAUGCUAUGUACCAAAUUUUACCAUGCAUUUUUGUCGCUCAUUCAUUUGACACUUGAGUGUGUUAAUCAUGCUUUGUAAGCUGUUCUUGUGUUGCUUGUUUCCGUAAUACCAAGACAGACAGUUGAUUCUGUUUGCAUUUUCUUUGUUUUAUCAGUUUUGUUUAUGAUUGGAUGUAAAAUGAUGCAUUUUAAUGGAUGAACAAUGUAUGCUGGCUUGAUUUUGUUGUUCAUCAAUACCAAGAAUUUGUUGUUCA